AUGGUUGCAGACCAAAGCGAACAAGCCACGUCUGCGGAAAUCCCGUCUACCCCCACCUCGCGAACGGCUGCCUGGCCGUUCGAUGAUAUCGAAACGGACUUGAUCAUACGCUCCUCCGAUGGCGUUGACUUCCAUGUCCUCCGAAAGAUCAUGUCAAUUGCGUCUCCGAACAUCAAGUCUCGUCUCGCGGUCCUUCCAUCUGCAGUAGGUGGGCCCCAAAUCCUGGAAAUUCCGACGGACAGCACGACGCUGGAUCAGCUCCUUCGUCAUUGCUACCCAGUGGAUUUCCCUUCCUUUGCUCAUAUCGAACAAUUGGAACCUGUCCUGGGGCUUGCUAUGGCCUACGAGAUCAAACUGGCAGUCAGCGUUCUUACGGAACGCCUGCGCACGAACCUGAACGCAUCGACCUGGGAUGCGCUCAGGGUGUAUGCAUGCGCAUGCCGCCUUUCUCUAUAUUCAGAGAAACACCUGGCUCUCGGAAUGCUGGGGAGUAGACAAGCUGAAGAUCUGGACAGUCCAAUAUUUGAUAAUAUCGCCGCCACGGACUACAUACAGCUCAUCAAGUAUAAUCGCAAGCCAAACACUCGUGGUCGACCCCAUUCCAGCUUCUAUUCCAACAAGAGUGCUGCUGAUGCUAGUGCAGUAUCACCAUCACGCCAGACCUUCGACGAUCCACUUGCGGAUGUCACAUUGCGAUCAUCCGAUGGUGUAGGUUUCCGCCUCUACAAGGUCAUGCUAUCCUUUUCCUCUCCAUUCUUUCGCGCCAUGUUCUCCUUGCCGCAGGAAGCAGCGCAUGCGACCGGCGGCCCGUCAGAUCCCCCCGUGAUCGACGUCUCGGAACGUAGUCCCACCUUGCGCGACCUUCUCCCAUUGUGUUACCCACCCUCCCCCAUAGACAUACCUCUUACGACGAAUUUGGAUCGGCUGCACGAUGCAUUACAAGCGGGACUGAAGUAUGACAUGUCAGCCGCGGUCAGGGUACUAUGCACUCACCUCGUCGAAGUCUGCGCCAAACCGGAACCAGCUGGCGUUUAUGCCAUAGCAAGAUGUCUAGAGCUCGACGACAUCGCCCUCGAGGCCGCCAAACUGUGCCUGAGGCAGAGUCUUCCCGAGUUGGAGGAGUCUGAUCAAUGGCGCCGCGUCGUCGCAGCAGACUUUUGUCGACUUCAGCGUUAUCACGUUGCUUGCGGGACAUCAGCCGCGGCCGUCGCCGUGUCUCUCGACGGGCUGGCUCCAAGUUGGUAUUCGCACGGUACUCAGUCAUGGAUGGAUUGUGCAUGCAGACCCUCAUCUGUGGUUUGGUUUCAUCGCAAUGGUGCAAAGAAUUGGGUGGGUUGGAUGUCAAGCACAGCGCAAAAACUCAGGCACCGUCCAGGCGCCGCAUCUUCCACAACAACACUUGACACGCUGUGGAGUUUUGUGGUGACCGAAUCGUCGCUUAAAUGUCCUUCCUGUCUCCCCAAGCUGCCUGCAGAUCUCCCAAAGAUGCAGGCAUUCUGCGAUCAAAUGAAAGCCGAGAUACAACGCAUAAUCGACCAAGUACGCAACUCCCUUGAGAUUCAUCAUGAAGGCUAA